AUGAGGUCCUUCUUUGACCGUCGAACGAUACCGCUGCUGGUAAUCAUCGUGGGACUAUCGGCUGCACUUAUUGCUGUGUGCAUUGAUGCGUACGCGGGCGAUUCGGACGAUGAAGUGAAUAUUCCGAAACAGCCCGACGAUGAGGCGCCACUGGAAUGUGAGCGCCCAUCGGUAACGACGGCUAGUGGUACGUUGGUGAAGCGUAGUGCAUUCUGCUCGGGAGAUCUCAUCUUUGAGGAUAACUUCGAUCGAUUGGAUCUUGCGAAAUGGGAACAUGAGCAUACGCUCGGUGGAGGUGGUAACUGGGAGUUCCAGUAUUACCUGAACAGUCGACGCAAUUCCUACGUGAAGGAUGGCAUUUUCUUCAUUCGCCCAACUCUGCUGGCCGACGAAACCGGAGAAGAGUUUUUGUCGAGUGGACUUUUGAACAUCCAUGGUGGUACUCCGUACGAUUACUGCACGAAUCCGGCCAACUAUGGUUGCGAGCGACAGGGCAAUCCGACAAACUAUCUAAAUUCGAUCAAGAGUGCCCGUGUGCGAACGGUAAAUUCGUUCAACUUCAAGUACGGAAAGGUGGAAAUUCGUGCCAAAAUUCCGACUGGCGACUGGCUGUGGCCGGCCCUGUGGUUGAUGCCGAAAUUGAACCAAUACGGUACGUGGCCGGCGUCGGGUGAAAUCGAUCUAAUGGAAAGCCGCGGUAAUCUCGACUACAGUAUCAACGGUAAUCAGCUGGGUGUAGAACAUAUCGGCACAACGCUACACUUUGGACCGUAUCCCGGUUUGAACGGGUACGAAAUGGCAACCUCGGCAAAGUACUCUUCAUCGGGACAAGGCUUCAACAAAGACUUCCAUCGCUACCAGCUCGAAUGGACGCCCGAAUUCAUGCGCUUCCUCGUCGACGACGAGCAGGUGAUGCAAGUGGACGGUAACUUUUGGCAGCUCGGUGGUUUCGAACAGCGUGAACCGGGUGCACAAAAUCCGUGGGUUACCGGUGGCAAGAUGGCACCGUUCGAUGAGGAGUUUUACAUCAUCAUGAACCUGGCCGUUGGUGGAACGAACGGUUUCUUCCCGGAUACACCGCCUGCAACCAAUGCCAAUGGUAACAAACCGUGGGUCAAUCAGUCUCCGACGGCACUUCGUGACUUCUGGAACGGUCGUUCGGCCUGGCUGCCGACGUGGAAGCUGCAAGAGAACGAAAGCGUCGAAGCAUCGCUGCAAGUGGACUAUGUGCGCGUGUGGGCUCUGUAGAAUUGUGGGCU